CGAUUAUAAGCGGCUUGCAACUCUGCAACGCCGCAAACAAAAUGGCUCUGAUUUUUGCAGACUAAAAAAGAUUCAUUUUGAAUUUUCGCAAUCUAAAAAUGCCAAUAAUUUGAAUAAAAUGAAACAAAUAAAAUAUAAGUUUCAAUGGCCGUGUGCACGAAUACAACUUAGAUGUUAGAUGUACAAUCGCAGAUUGUACAAAUAAAAUGGUGUCGAAAGUGCGUGACUGAGAUUUGAAUACAAAAACUAGUUAUUAUAAAACUGCACGCACACACGCACGAGCUGCAAACAGCUUCCUAAAAAUGGAAGGUAUGGAUCUGUGGACGUCAAUGUUUUCAACCGAUUUCGAUGAAGGCGAUGGUGAGGCGGAGAGCCACAAUAAUGGUAAUAACACGCUCACAGACGAUUUUAUAGGAGAGGAGGAGGAGGACGAACAGGAGGCUGAAGAGGAUGAGGGCUCGGCCGACGACAGAGGCAGCAAACGAAAAGGACACGAGCCCGAUGACGAUGCCAUAUUUGAUUUUGAACUAGCGCCCCUUGUUAGCAUUGCGGAACCAGAACUGGAACCGUUGCCUAGACCAACGGCGGCACUUCUGCAGCCUCCAAUCCCAACGGUUGCAGCCGUCCGACCCCAGCAUCGUCAGUCGUUGCCAGCUUCGUUUGGCUCCCAGCAAACGAUGGGUCGUGGCAGUGCAGGUACAGCAACCACAAGGCCAACAACCUCACAGAUCAAUGCCACAGAUGAGAACGGUCUGCCCAUCAACUAUGAACUGGGCGUUACCUAUAUAUGCCCCGCCUGCGGCGCAGAGUAUCGGCAGCAGGAUUUGUGGAAGCGUCACAUGAACCAGAUGCAUCAGUACAAUACUCGGCGUGGUCUCAAUUUCGUGGCCAUUGACAAGCUGUAUCAUCGGUGUCUGGAGUGCAACAAGCGGAUCGCGAUGCACAGUCGAGAGAAUUUGCUUAAGCACAAGUUCACCCACUUACCAUUUCGGUGCACCAAGUGUCACAUAUGCAAGCGCGAGUACAAAUACAGGCAGGACCUGAUGGUACAUUUGCGUAUGGUGCACUGUGAUGAGGUGGUGGCCAUGAUGCGUGGUGGCAAAUUAAGUGCUGGGCGCAAGACGCGUGUUCGCGAGCCGCGCAUUGAACAUCACCGCGAACAUUACGGACAGGCUAAUGAAGAUGAUGGUGUAGAAGUCAAGAAUGAGCUGAUGGAAGCGGAGAGCAGUGCGCAGCCAUCUGAAGAACCCAAUCUCGACUUGGAUGAUGAACACAGUCACAGUUCAAAUCAAGCGGCUAUAAAAAAACGUAACACUGGUGUGGCAGGAAAUGGCAGUGGAAAUAACAGUGGUGCAGCUGAUAUUUGCGAGGACUAUAUACACUAUAUGUGUCCGGACUGUGGCACCGAUUGUGAUACACACGCCCAGUGGAGUCAGCAUAUUGAAUUUGUACACGAUUAUGUCAGUCGCAGGGGUCUGAACUUUCGUUGCGUUGAUAUGCAAAUGCAAUGCCUCGAGUGCAAGCAGUUUGUCAUUCCGAACACCAUUAAGACGCUGCGCGCCCACAAGUUUAGCCACUUGCCCCAACCGGAGUGGAUGCGCUGCAAACUGUGCUAUAAGGGUUUUACGGAGCAUCAUGAAAUACUAACGCAUCUUCUUAAACAGCAUAAUUUGGAAACCUUAAUGCCUGAGAAGGAGGAGGAGGAACAGCAGCCCUUAGCUGUAGCCAGCGUGAGUGAUGAGUAUGAGGAUAAUCCUGGCAUUGGCUGCGACGAUGAAACUUCAUUACAUUGGGACGAUGUGCCUCGUCGAGGUGGUCGUAUUGGUAGCGAUGAUAUGUACGAGCCGCAUAUUGAUUAUCUAUGUCCGCAGUGCGGCAGGGAGUUCAUAGAGAAGAAACAUUGGCGCACGCAUGUUGUCCAAGUGCACGGCAUGAAUGAUCUGACCAAGUUGAAUUUUGAGGUGAUCAAUGAUCGCCAGUUAAAGUGCACCGAAUGCGAUAAGAUAAUAACGAAUGCCUACGGCAUACAGAAUGCCCAGCAACAUAGGAUAACACAUUUGCCCUACAAAGCCUACGCAAGAUGCCGCAAAUGCCAUAAAUCCUAUACGGAUCGCAAGGGUCUUGUCAAACAUUUGGCUACUUACCAUCGCGUGGGCUAUGAGCCGCGCAAAACUGUUGGAACAGGUGCUGCUACUUUGACGCCAACCACAACACAGACGCCACGCAAGCAGAUUGUCACCGUGGCCAAUGAAACUUAUGAGAUUAUCUAUUUGGAUGAGGAGCGAUCGCCGCCUAAUAAUAAUAAUAUUAACGAAGAGAAUGAUUUUGGCGAGCAAAUGCAAGCGGACGACGAUGAUUAUGCCAUAGGUAGUACCAGUGGAACAACGGGACGCCAGGCGCAAACACCUACUACUGCUGCACACAAUCCUAAUCCCAAUCGCUAUAAAUGUGUAGAUUGCGGCUCACUAUUUGCCACACAGACAGCAUUAAAGACGCACAUCAGCGAAGAACAUGAUUUUAUGGACACGCAAUACAGUGCAAAAAAGUUUGACAAUGCGGAGCCAACGGAGGACGCAGCUGUAGUACCUGUUGCCGUUACAAACACUGCAGGUGGUACGCCUGCAAUGAACACCUCAGGUGCUUCCACCAUAGAGCAGAAUUAUAUAUUCCUGUGCCCGUCGUGUGGAAAGGCCUAUAAGACGCAGUUCGAGUGGCGACGUCACAUCAACGAAGAGCACAAUUUCGACAAGCGGCAGUAUUUAAAUAUGCGCCAGCUGGACAAAUAUCGCUAUCAGUGUACCCUCUGCAAGGAUAUUGUAUGCAAUUCAAAGCUGAAAGGCCUGCAGGAUCAUCACUUUCGGCAUUUGCCUUACCGGUUAUAUCUGAAGUGCCUGGUAUGCGGCACCUGCUACAAUCACAAGCCCAACAUUGCAGCGCAUCUGCGCACACGACACAACAUCUACGAGCGCGAGUCUUCUUCCUCAUCUUGGCGUGACCAGCAGCAAAAGACCCAGAAUGGCCACGAGCAGCCUAAGUAUAAGGAUAAGGAUAAUGAUAGGGAUACGCAAGCCACAGUUGCCACCGGCACUAACUCUGCUUCACCUACACCCGGCAGUAGUCGCACGCUCAAGCCACAGCCGGGCGUGCUGCCCACACGACCUGCCGGUCUCAACACGUUGGAGGAUAGUAUAUCGUAUCAUAAUGCCGUGGAUCUGGACUUUAUUACUUAUUAUUGUCCCAAGUGCAAUAAAAAUUUUGACUCGCACGCCUUUUGGCGCAAACACAUCGUAGAGAUACACAACUAUAAUAGUCGGCAAGGUCUAAAUUUUCGCCAGAUUGACAACCAUCACUAUCUGUGCCUGGAAUGCUAUAAACGUGUGACAGUGACGCACACUAAGGGCGCUAUCGGGCAGCUACAGUCGCACAAGUUCCGGCAUUUGCCGUAUCGCUCUUUCAAGUGCUUGACCUGCAGCGGGGAGUUUGUGCGCAAGCAAAUGUUUUUCAAGCAUUUAAAUCGUGACACCAAUCGUUGCGACAACAAGCCAUUAAGUGGCCAGGAUGAUGAGGAUACAGCGGAUCAGCCAGACAGGCCAGCUACCAUGCUCGCCAAGGAGACACUUGAUGUUGCGGCGUAUCGUCUAAUGUGUCCACAGUGCGGCGAUGACUUUACCACCAGCAGCAAAGCUUUGUGGCGAGAGCACAUUAACAUCCAUCAUAGCUUGGGGAAGCGAGAGAUGCUGCACAUGCGCAAGCUAGGCGACGAACUUUAUCGCUGCACUGACUGUGAAGAGCAGCUGGAAACGAAGCAUCUGCGAGUGCUACAGCAACAUCGCUUUCAGCAUUUGCCGUAUGCCGCGUAUAUUCGCUGCCAGCUAUGCGAACAGCAGUCGGCGGAUGAGGUGGGUCAUGGUGUAGCGUCUGCCGGUUUACAUAGUAUGCGCGAACUGCAGCAACACAUACGCAACGAACAUCCGGAUGUGGUUGAGCAGAACGAGCAAAUGCAAGCACUACUCGACGAGGAGGAGGAUAGUCAGAAGCCAGCGGCUAGCAAUGAAACAACAGACACUGGUCUAUACAUGCCGCUGCCGCCGCAUUUGCUAGACGAUGAUGUGGAGGACAUGGAGUUCGAGGAACAGUAUCUGCUAGGCUAAAUACCAACACUGGCCAAAUCUUGCCAAGCCAGUGUUCAACAGAAUCUGCAAGUCUACCAUUAGGAGACGCCACUUACAAUUUUAAAUAUUAAGAUACAUCUAACUGAACAUAAGUAUUUAUAAUUAGUUUAUGGUUACCCGACUCACAUACGAAUUAAAAUUUCAUUCAGAAUUCUCAUCUAAAUAUUUAAGUAGAUUUUACAUUGCAACUAUUUAUUAUUUAUCACCAUGUCCUAAUCUCCCAGUGAAGUACCACAUAUAGUUGAUUGCAUGACAACCUAUUCGUGAAAUUACAAUGAGAUUUCUAAUUUACCUACGAUAUUAACAAGAGUUUGAUAACAAUUACUUGGUAUAUUUCUCAUUUUACAAUGAUUGAUUGGUCUCCAAUUGGAUUAGUUCUAUACAUAGACGAUAAACCAGACACAACAAUUAGCAACCUAAUAUUCUAUAUUAAAU